CACUUUAAAAACAUCAACAUUGACUUCUCCAUUAUAUUUUUAGCUGAUUUUAAACUUUUUGCAAAUGCUUACACAGUGGUCAAUUGUUGUGUUUGAAUUGAUAAGCUGUCUGAUGAGUGUGUUUGGUAGCAUACUGUAUUGUAUAAAAAACUCUUAAAAAACAUUAUCUGUGGAAAGUUAAAAUGAGCAAUAGUGAUAACGUAAAAAUCUUGAAUUAUAACCAGAGUAACAUGGUGCAAGAAUACGAACCGAAACAAAUCAGUAAUGACAAUGUGAGAAACUUUUGCUCCUCCCCAAGCAAUGUUAUACUUCAAAAUUUUUCUGAAUUAUCAGACGUAACAGAUAUAUGGGGGACUUCUCAGGAUACCUCAUUUGAUGUACUUUCUCCACUAACAUCUUCUCGCAGCUGUAUGGACAGUUCUUUUGCAUCUGACCAGGCCGGAGAUAAAAAGCAAGAUUUAAAAAGCAAUGAAAAUUAUUUAUGGGAGAAAAAACAACAAAAACAAGUAAAGGCUGAUGGUCAAAUGCUAAGUAAUUAUAUACCGGAACUACAGGUUGAUAAAAUUGAAGCAGAUGCAAACUUGUCUGACAGCACCAACCAAAGUACGUUUCGUGAGAAACUCAGAAGUUUUAGUAAAUCUAAGAAACGUAAAAAAGAAAAGCGAAACCGUAUCAGUCAGAUCAUAUCUGGUGUUAGCUACAAAUCAAAGGCUGAACUGUUCCAAAAACUUUUCAAGAAUAUGUCGGGCGAUGAAAGGCUAAUUACUGAUUAUUCAUGCGCAUUGUUUAGAGAUAUUUUAGUCCAUGGAAGAUUAUACUUGUCGCAGAAUUGGCUUUGUUUUUAUGCUAACAUAUUUGGUUGGGAAACUUUGGUGACUUUACAAUGGAAUGAAAUUACUGCUAUAACAAAAGAGAAGACAGCCAAGGUUAUUCCAAAUGCUAUACAGAUUCUAACUGAGACAGACAAGUAUUUUUUCACAACUUUCGUGACACGAGAACAUGCUUACACAGCACUAUUUCGAAUAUGGCAAAACGCCUUGCUUAACCAUCCUAUGGGACCGGCGGAAUUAAAGUCUGUGUGUAAAAAGUUUCGUCACAAGAAGCCAACAUACAAUGAUACGAUAGACGGUGAACUUAUUCAUGACGAUCACGAUGAAACAGGAGAUGAAAUCCUCGAAGAUGACGAUGCUAAAUCUGCUGGAAGCACAAGUGGUUCGCAAGAUAACCUAGACAAAACAGAUCCUAGCAUAAUGACUGAGAAUUCGACGGCGCCUAGUGAAAAUAGUGGUUUAGUUAACCCGAGUUUCACUUCGGAGCCACUUAGUGAGAGUGUGUCGUCAGAUCUCCCUGCUGGUCAGGGACAAGAUGAAGCUGAUGCAAAUGUUAAACCAGUCACAACAAUAGCCGCUGCAGCAGUAGAAAACGAAGUGGAUGCAAAACCACGUGUAAGAAGUCACGGGCAUAGUAAAUCCAAUGGACAUGUUAAAGCAAAGCAAACGGUGAAAGAAACCUUCAAACAUGGUUUCCAUCGACCCACGUCGCCAUUUUCGAAAGCUCAUGAUUUGUUCGUGAGAAAAAAGAAAACGCGCGUACGCACUAAUUAUCCAGUAGAUCAUUUACCUAUCCCGAGUCAGGGGGGUGAGACGACCACUGAUUAUGAUUCGGAUGAGUCGGUGGAUGCCUUGGAAGAUGACGACGUGGAAUGUCCAUGCGAAUCUCACUUUGGAAAUGUAUACGGUGACGAGAAAUUCAACUUUGACGUCGAUGCUUUGUACGAACAUCUUUUUUCGCAAGAAUCGGACAUGAUGAAACUUGUUUUUGAAAAACGCAAUUUUCUGAAUUGGAAAUAUUCAGGUCCAUUGGAGAAACAACCAGACCAUUCAUACAAACAAGUACUGACCUACACCCUCCCACUAAACUACAGUAUUGGACCAAAAACUUCAGAUACAGUAUCAACGCAGACGAUGGUGAAAGAUAAUAAACCCGGCUCAUGUUAUGUUGUCAACGUGGAGAACACAAGUCAUGGUGUACCAUAUUCUGAUAGUUUUGUCGUUUCAAUUCGUUAUUGCAUAACGCGUCUUUCUGGUAACAGGUCACGAAUGAAAAUUCACUGUGAAAUUAUCUAUCUGAAGAAAGUAUCAUGGCUUAUCAGAAAUAUGAUCACGAAGAGUGGGUACGAAGCGUGCAAAGACUACUUUUCUUAUCUUGUUUCUGUAUUAAAAUCAGAGUCAGAACUGGUUCCGCACAAUCCUCGACCAAAAUCGAAAGCAAUUCAGAAAAAACCUUCAAAAACUGCAAGCGUAGAUGAGACUGCGAAGAAACCAAGAGUUGCAGACGAUCCAAAGCUUACGCCAAAUACCAAAUCUGAUUCCCAAACUGGAAUAUUUUCAUCCGUACAAUUUUCAUCGAAAUCGAUUAUCGCAUUCAUACUCAUCAUGUCCCUUCUUUUCUUGAUGAACAUUUACUUGCUAAAACGUGUUCGAAAUCUAGAAGAUUCGAUAUUGGCGCGCAAUCAAAGAUGGUUGCCAAAAGAACUUCCUACUGGCAAGGAGGAAUGGAAAAAUCUACUAAAUUACCAAAAAGGUUUACAUGAAUUGGAAUUGUUAAAGUUAAAAGAAGUUAUCGGCAAUACAGCGACACUGGUCAAACAGGUACAAUGGUCGAUAUCGUCAUUACAUGAUGAUUUAGGUAAAAACAUAGAUGCCAAUAAAUUAGAUGACGGAGCAAAGGAGGAGGAGUUACCCAAGCAAGAUUUAUGACACCCUUUAUCGUAGGCGUAUUUGAUGUUUAGAACGGAUAUAUUAUUUUGGCGUUAGGUGGCCUGUACGCCAUGAAGGUAUACCUCCUUGUUUAGAUGGUCACAUUGUAAUUACUGUUCUUUGCAGGGAAAUAAUAAGGUUAUCAUAUUAGAAAAACAUGCACGGAAGAGGGAUUUGUAUUUCUGUUAUAAUUUCUAUUAUAUGGCGACUUCUAUUAACGAUUUUUUUUAUCAGAAUUUUCACAAAGAACUUGGUUUAGAUUACUAAAAACUCCUUGAAGACACUUAUAAUAUUCGAAUUUUUGUUAGUUCGCAAAUUUACGUUAUUUUUUAUAAUUUUUAGUUGAUGUUGUUUUUCAUAUGACUUAAAAAGUUUAUUAAAUAGUUAUUUAUAUAUUUUUCAUCUUCCGUUUUUUAAAACAGCAAAGUCAGCUCUCAAUCAGAAACGGAAAUUAUAUUUUUUUGUAAAAACCCUAAUUCCUACAAACUGAAAAUUAUUCUGUACUGGUCGUUAUCCUGUGGGAAAAUUAACAGAAUCAUUUCGCAGCUACUUUUUUGUCUCACAGGCAGACAGACAGACGAGCGCUGAAACAUAGAUGCUAUUUUUUUUUUUUUAAAGGAACAUUUUCCACUUUUAAAUCUCUGUUCGUUGUUUGUAUAUAUAUUUACGUUUCCGAUUUGUUCAUAACUGUGAUUUAAACUGAUAUUUUGUAUUGACUCAUGGAAAAUAUUUCGAAAUAAA